AUGAAGACCGUUAUUGUCGGCUUCAUCUUCCCACUCAUCUUCCUCUCCCUCCGCAACCGAAACCGCAACCGCCGCCACAAGCGCCAAGGCGUCUACGUCGACGUCGGCGGAGAGCCAGGUUUCACCAUCCGUAACGCCCGGUUCGAGUCGCUAGUGACGUCAGCGUGGGAUGGCGUAACCACCCUCGCAGAGCUUCUGGAGCAUUCAUGCAAGAACCACGGCGAUCAGAUCUUUCUCGGGAGUCGCGAGCUGAUCGCGCGUGAGAAUGAGGUGGCUCCCGACGGCAGAUCCUUCGAGAAGCUUCAUCUCGGCGGUUACAAGUGGCUCACGUUCCGCGACGCCUUCGAAGCCGUGGUUCGUUUCUCCAAUGGUUUGGCGGAGCUUGGGCAUUCCAGGCACGAGCGUGCCGCUAUCUUCGCUGACACAAGAGCCGAGUGGCUCCUUGCAUUGCAGGGUUGCUUCAGAAGAAAUGUGACGGUUGUGACUAUAUAUGCAUCCUUGGGAGAGGAAGCUUUGUGUCAUUCUUUGAAUGAGACAGAGGUUACAACUCUGAUUUGUGGGAGCAAAGAAUUGAAAACACUUGCUAAAGUUCGUGGACAACUGGAGUGCGUAAAACGUGUGAUAUGCUUGGAUAACGAUAUCCCAUCUGAUACUUCAUCUGCUCUGCAUGGAUGGAAAGUACUUUCCUUUGCAGAAGUUCAGGCACUUGGUGGCAGAGUCAUGGUUGAGGCAGAUCUACCCCUUCCAGCAGAUGUUGCAGUUAUAAUGUACACAAGUGGAAGUACAGGAAUGCCUAAGGGUGUCAUGAUGACACAUGCUAAUAUGGUAGCCACAAUUAGUGCUGUGAUGAGAAUAGUUCCUAACGUUGGGAGAAAUGAUAUAUAUUUGGCAUACUUGCCCAUGGCUCAUGUCCUUGAGUUGGUAGCUGAGCAUAUAGUUGUAGCUGUUGGGGGUGCUAUAGGGUAUGGAACUCCUUUGACUCUGACUGAUUCAUCAAACAAGAUAAAAAAGGGAACAAAAGGAGAUGCUACUGUAUUGCUGCCGACCUUGUUGGCAGCUGUACCGGCCAUUAUUGAUCGCGUACGGUAUGGAGUCCUCAAGCAGGUUGAUACAAAGGGAGGACUAUCAAAGAAAUUGUUUGAUUUAGCCUAUGAACGGAGGUUGCAAGCACUUAAUGGUAGCUGGUUUGGUGCUUGGGGAUUGGAAGCAUUUCUAUGGAAUCUUUUUGUUUUCAGGAAGAUCCGAAAAGUUCUAGGUGGUCAUAUCCGUCUUAUGCUAUCAGGUGGUGCUCCACUUUCUGCUGAUGCCCAACGAUUCAUCAACAUAUGUUUUAGUGCUGGAAUAGGUCAAGGAUAUGGUCUCACAGAAACCUGUGCCGGUGGAGCAUUUUCUGAUUUUGAUGAUUCAAGUGUUGGUCAUGUUGGACCACCUGUUCCUUCUUCAUACAUCAAGCUAAUCGACUGGCCUGAAGGUGGAUAUUCAAUUAAUGACUCACCGAUGCCCCGAGGUGAAAUUGUAAUUGGUGGUACUAAUGUCACCCUUGGAUACUUCAAAAAUGAAGAAAAAACUAGAGAGUCUUAUAAGGUUGACGAAAGAGGAGUGAGGUGGUUCUACACUGGUGACAUAGGUAGAUUUCAUGCAGAUGGUUGCCUUGAAAUCAUUGAUAGGAAAAAGGACAUUGUUAAAUUGCAGCAUGGAGAAUAUGUCUCUUUGGGAAAGGUUGAGGCAGCCCUUAUAGGCAGCUCCUAUGUGGACAACGUUAUGCUACAUGCUGAUCCUUUUCAUAGCUACUGUGUGGCACUUGUGGUGGCUUCUCAUGAAGCAUUGGAAAAAUGGGCUUCAAAGCAGGGAAUUACUUAUUCUGAUAUUUCAGAACUAUGUAAGAAAGAAGAAGCUAUGAAGGAGGUAUAUGCAUCACUUUUAAAGGAAGCUAAGAAUUCUCGUUUGGAAAAGUUUGAGAUUCCUGCCAAAAUUAAGUUGCUUUGUAACCCAUGGACUCCUGAGUCUGGCCUAGUCACUGCAGCUCUCAAGAUCAAGAGAGAAUCCAUCAGAAAAACUUUUGAUAAUGAGCUCAAAGAAUUGUAUUCUUCAUAGAUUACCA